GCACAGGCCGUUCUAUCCAUAGAUACUCCGACAUAUAGAUAACAUGUUAUCUGUGUACAGUCAUAAACGUCCGGGUUUCAGUUUUAAACGUUUUGUUUGUUUUCGAAUUGGAAUUAAAAGUUAUUUUGCAGAUCUUUUUCAUCAGAAUGUCAGUAAAGAGGAAAAAGCUUCUGAUUGAUACAGAUGCAGGAGUUGAUGACGCUCAGGCGAUCCUGAUUGCUCUUCAAGACCCGGAUGUUGACGUCAUCGGUAUCACGUGUGUUAUGGGAAAUGCGGACGCCAAACAAGUUGGUUUGAAUGUUCUUCGGAUAUUAAAGGUCGCAGAUAAGCUUGAUAUCCCAGUUUUUGUUGGUUGUAACGAUCCGUUGCUAGGCGACAAGAAACCAGCGAGUGAUUAUCACGGAUCUGAUGGUUUUGGAGACGCACCGGAUAAGGAAGCCCCGGAUGAGAGUCUCCUUCAGUCGGAACACGCGGUCACGGCUUUGGUCCGAUUGGCAAAGGAACAUGAAGGGGAGAUGACUCUAGUUUGUAUUGGACCACUGACAAAUGUUGCCAUGGCAAUUCGAAUGGAUGGUACCUUUGGUUCCCGGCUCAAAGGCUGCUAUAUAAUGGGCGGAAAUCACGAAGGAAAAGGCAACAUGACGACCUCAGCAGAAUUCAAUUUUUACAGUGACCCAGAAGCCGCUUACGUCGUUCUUAACCAGCUUAAAUCUCCAAUCACCAUAGUAACCUGGGAGACAUGUGACAGACAUUCGUUGCCUUGGGAGUUUUAUCACAAGUUACGCACCAACAACAAUCGAAUUACGAAUUUUCUUCGAAAAGUGGAACAACUUUCAGUGAACUAUUCUAUUGAAAACAAGUGGGGCUCUUUCAUACCGUGUGAUGAGGUACUUGUUGCAUGCUGUCUUAAUCAUGACGUCAUUAAAACAUGUCAUGACGUGUACGCAACUGUUGAAAUCAAAGGUCAAUAUACCUGGGGCCAAAUGGUUGUUGACUGGAAGUCGGUGCUUAAGAAGGAGAACAAUGUGAAAAUUGUCACUGAUAUAGAACAGUCAGUUUAUGAAAAUGUUUUGAUGAAACUUGUACAAGGUUAGAGAUAUAUAGCGGAACAAAUUUAGGACCCUCAAUACAUUCACCAUUUUAUGGAAUACGGCUUGGAAUAUGCCAGUUACCACUUGUUUAUUUUAUUUAUUUAUAUUUUUUUUGCUAUCUGAAUUUUCUUUGUCAUUUGCUAAUUGCCAUUUUCCAUAUGCUUAUAAACAUUCGGUCAUUUCGAGCUGUCAUUUACUGAUUAGAAAUUGCUUAUUGCUAAUUGUCAAUUGAUAAUUGCGUUAUUGUAAGUUGCUAAUUGCCAUUUGAUAUUGUAAUUUUCUUUAUUGCUAGCUUGCGUCAAAUAGUUUUUGCCAUUUAGCUUUGUUUUUGACGAAAAUUUAUCUACAACAUUAAAAGUUAUGUAUACAUGUGAUUUUUCCACUAUAGUGAUACUCUCGAUUUUACACUAUCCGAAGAAAGUACCUGUCGUAAAGUAAUUACUAGUUAACAAAUAGCAAGUGCUAAUCGACAUGCCCCCCGCUCACAAUCAACAAAUUGCUGUCAGCAAUCGCCAAAUGUUAAUCAGCAUUUGGAAAACAGCAAAUGACAGCUGGCAUGUCAAAACUCCCAAUUAGCAAAUGAAUAUCAGCAGUCAGCAACUGGCAUUUAGCAAGCUGACUGUAUUUAUCAGUUAUCAGUUAACAGAACAGAACAGAACAUAUAUCUUUUACAUGUUAAAAUGGAUUCGUAUGCGAUCAUAGCAUUUUUCUUGGUUUGUACCUAACGCCAUGUGCUUGCAUGAACUACUUUGUAGACCGAAGAUUGCCGAAAAAGCGUACGAAUUUAUACUAAUCAGACGAAAUUUGCCGACUAUAAUUACCUGCCCCCUAGUGUAAAGAGGGACGGUUCCGGAUUUAUGCUUUUUCUCGAUAUUUAAGGUGUUUUCUUAUAGAUGGUUAUCAUAAAAAUGUAAAAUAAAAUAAUUCAGGGAAAUCUAUGCAGUAUUGUGUUAUAACAUCAUUCGUGUAGUCGGUAAGGUAAUGGCAGUUACAUGGCUUUGUGUCCAAUGAUGUUGUUUUGUUCAACUGAACUGAAUGUUUUUGUCUGUUUUGUUUUUUCAAUUUCAGUUAUGAUCUACUUUUUUUACUAAGACAGAUAUCAUUAAGUGUUUGCCUCUUUAUUAUACAUAUUGAAGCGACAUGAUAUUUGAACGGCGAGAAAGUGUACAUUAUAUCAGAAUAAACAUUCAUGGAAAUGA